CACCGUACGAUGUCUAACCUUGGCUGGGCACUCUUGGAUAUGUCAAAAGGGUUGCUGCCACUUUUCAUAGUUAUCGGUGGUGUCGUCCCCUAUAUUCCACAGUACUUGACAAUAAAACGCUUAAAAAACUCAAGUGGCUUUUCUCCUUACGUCUGUCUCACUCUCACGAUCGCUAACCUUCUGAGGAUCGGAUUCUGGUUUGGCCAGCCCUUUCCCACACCUCUUCUCCUUCAAGCCUUUCUCAUGGUUUCCACAAUGAUGUUUAUGAUGUACGUUUGGGUGAAGUAUCGACAAACACCUCCAGCUGACAGUGGCGAUCAUGUGCUUUCCGACCUUGACUGGAGAUACUUCUGGCGUUGGAGUGAUUACGGAAGUUAUGUGAAGUUUGUCAUCCUCUUCUCUGUAGUCUUUGGCGUUCCUUGCUUCGCUUUCAGUUCGUCCUACUUCUUCGUUCAGGCAGUCGGUUUUGUUUCCCUUAUCACAGAGUCCCUGCUCGCUCUUCCUCAGUUUCUGCAGAACUACCGACAUUCUUCUACACAAUACGAACAGGUGACAACAUUGUGCCAUCUUUCUUUUAGUUGCGAAAUGGUUUUGAUGUGGGCUUUGGGUGAUCUUUUCAAGACAAUCUACUUUUUCCUCUCCAAAGCACCCGUUCAAUUUCCAGUCUGCGGAUGCAUUCAACUAGCAUUUGAUGCUGCUAUUUUUCUCCAGUUUUUGGCCUACAGAAAGAGGCACUCGCACAUCCACCUCGAUGCUUAG